CCUAGUGUUACUACUGCCAGGCCCUGCAACCUAAACAGACCGGGACCAUGCCUGCGCUCAGCUCCUUCCUUCCACACCUGGGGCUGUUCCUGUGCCUGGCUCUGCACUUUUCCCCUUCCCUCUCUGCCAGUGAUGAUGGAUCCUGUGCGGUCCUUGAUAAAGUCCACACUUCCGACAACUUGGGAAUCAACACUACGGCUCAGGUCUCUGGGGAGAAUGUAACCUAUACAGUGAUGGUCCCUGUGAAUGAUUCAGUCAGUGCUGUGAUCCUGAAAGCAAUGAAGGAGAACACCCCAGUGGGUACCUGGGCUGGAAAACAUGAGAAGUGCAACGAUGGCAGUGUUUAUUAUAACUUGACAUCCCUAAGCAGCCCGGUCUUCCAGACAACCUGGACAGUUUCUGUUUCUGAGGAUGUGACGAAAGUCAACCUGCAGGUCUUCAUCGUGGACAAUAACACAGCCUCAGAGUCAUCUGUGAAACUGGAACAAGUAACAACCUCAACCCUGGCCUCCACUCCUAAGAGUUUUGAGACCAGCCAGACCAUAACCAUGACUACAGCUGAGAACACAGCCAAGACGACAGCCGACAACACAGCCAAGACUACAACCAUGAACACAGCCAAUACCACAUCUGUGACCCCAGCCAAGACCACAGCCAAAAGCCUGGCCAUCCGCACUCUCGGCAGCCCCCUGGCAGGAGCCCUCCAUAUCCUGCUUGUUUUUCUCAUUAGUAAACUCCUCUUCUAAAGGAGACUGGGGAAACCAAUCUCCCACCUCCCGGGCAUCCUCUCGAGCUCAUUUCAGGCCAGUGCUUAAACAUACAUGAAUGAAGGUUUUAUGUCCUCAGUAAGCAACUCCUCCACCACCUUGGACCACAGACCUGCGACGCUAGUGCGUUUGAGGGACACAAACGUUUGCCUGGAUCUUUCAGGGCACAAAUUCUGCUUUUUGUAAAUACCUAGUCCAUCCUGCUUGUAACCUGAGGUUCUGACUCUCAGUUUAACAUGCUGACAGCCAAUCUGAACUUGUGUUUCUUGCCAAAGUAUUCCCAUGAGCCUCCUGGGUUUUGGGGUGGGGAGGGGAAUAUCCUUCUUUACUUUCAAACUGAUUUCAGAUUUCUGGGCAAACCUACUCAGAUUACAAAAGACUUACAUGACGUAUGUGACUGAAGGAAAAGGAGAAAUGAGUGAUAGUCCUGUGGCUACUAGCAGAGUCCCACUGUGCCCAGACCAGCCAGUAGAUUUUGAAGGAAGUAUAUGAAAACCAUGCCUCAGAAGCCAAUGACAGGACACAUGACUUUUUUUUCCUAAGUCAAAUAAACGAUAUAUGGAACAAGAAUACCAAAAUGUGCUAAAUUGAAAAAUAACCCUCAAUAAGUGAUAAAAUACAAAGUAUUACCUAA